UGACCAGCACCAGCACAUCCGGGACUCAGUGUUAUGGCGGCCACGAAGGAGGACGGACGCGCUGCACCUCCUCCCGCCGCUUCCUUGCAACCCACUGCUGAGGAGCGCAGAAAGAGUGAGGCAGGGGGCGUGAUAGCCGAGGGCGCCGCCACCAGGAGGAGAAACUUCCCAGGCACGUGCGACCAGGGGCUGGGCGUGAGUGUGGCCCGCCAGCCCUCAGAGAUGGACCCACACUAUGAUGCGGAAACCCCUCUGUGUACAGCUGAGUCUGGCCCCCUAGACACCAGCGACCACCACCACCACCACCGCCACCACCGUCACCACCACCACACACCGCGCCACCACCCACGCCACCACCACCACCACCACCACCAUCAUCACCACAAGAAGAAGAAGCACAGAGAGAGGGAGAGAGAAAGAGAGAGAGGACACCCCAAGAAACACAGGCAUAGGGAGAAGGAGAGGGGGGGUGAGGCAAUCCUGCGGUGGAGGGGCGACAAUGAGAGUAGCGGCGGCAGCGGCGGCGGCACACCUGACAGAGGACAGGAGAGGAGCUUCACCCCACCGCCCCUCCGCCUGCCACCCCGGAACCACUUGGGGUCUUCCUCGGAUGGCGGUGACUCCUCCGACUCCCUCUCCCUCACCCCUCCCCUCACCACCCCGCCAGAACCACACCUCCACCCCACCCUGCUGAGCCACCCCGGGUCCCGCCACACCCACCCCUGGGCUCAGCGUCCCCUCCAAGCCCCACUCUCCCCUUCUUCUUCCUCCCGUCCCCUCCCACCCAGGCGGCCACCUCACCCCCACUCCCGUCUCUCAGCCCUGCCUGGCCUCCGCAUCCCCGCCACAGUCUCCGGAGAUUCCCCGCCCCUCCCAAGUCCCCGCUGCCCCAACACCACCCCAGUGACACUCAAGCCCCCACCAGUCCAGGGGAGUGGCAGGGCAGUUUCCCCAGGGACACCUCCCUCCCCAGUGCCCUGCCACACCCCGCCCCGCAGACUCUCCACCUCCCUCCCGGCCUCUCAGUCUGCCCCGCACUCCUCCCCCCAAAGAGGAGGUCCCUGA